GUCAGUCCUCACCAUCCCUCUCAUUGGCUGCUGCAGGAUGCUGCCUGUUUCCUUGAUCCUCACAUGCGACUGGAGCUGACGGUGGUUCGCAAUGAAGCGAGGGAGGAAGCCUUCACCUGUAGAUUUUUGACAGCAGCCUGCGUAAAUUCGCGGCACUUUUCCAGACUAAAAGCUCCGCGCUUUGGAUUCUCCAUCGCUGUACAAUCGGUGGAAAUAACUUAAUUUUCCCUUUUCUUUACGGGCGUCUGUCGCCCUGUGCUCCGGCUAGUCGGGAUCCUGCAGGCUGUAUGGAGGGAUGUCGGCAUGGCUUGCACCAGGAGAACCAAAACUUUGGUGUCCACAUGCGUGAUCCUUAGCGGCAUGACCAACAUAGUGUGCCUGCUCUAUGUCGGAUGGGUUACGAACUACAUCGCCAACAUUUACAUCAAAGUCCCCAUGCCUUUACCGGAGAGAAAGUUAGAGGGGGACAAAAGAGGAGACACACUUCGGAUCAUGGAGAGGCUCGACCGGCUGGAGAACGUGGUCAACCAGCACAUACAAGAAACUCCAGGGAGGGGAGAGGACGAUCAGGCGGAAACAUCCUUCUCCGACUCGUCUCUGUUCGCUCACUGGGGUCAGGAGCUUAGUCCAGACAAUCGGAGGGUGGCACUGAAGAUGUUCCAGUACUAUGGAUACAACGGCUACCUCAGUGAUCGUCUCCCACUGGACAGGCCGAUCCCAGACCUCAGGCCUGAUGGGUGCAAAAACAUCAGUUAUCCUUUCAACCUCCCACAAGUAAGCAUCGUAUUCAUAUUUGUGAAUGAAGCCUUGUCCGUCAUCCUGCGGUCCAUCCACUCUGCAAUCAACAGAACACCCUCCCACCUCCUCAAAGAGAUUAUCCUGGUGGACGACAACAGCAAUAACAAUGAGCUGAAGGAGAAGCUGCAGGAUUUUGUAAAGGAGACCAACAGCAAACGUCCAGGAUUUAUAAAGGUGGUGCGGCAUGCCAAACAAGAGGGGCUGAUCCGGUCCAGAGUGAGCGGGUGGAGGGCUGCCAGUGCUCCAGUUGUUGCCCUGUUUGAUGCCCACGUUGAGUUCAAUGUUGGCUGGGCUGAACCCAUCCUGCAGAGAAUAAAAGAAGACAGAACCAGAAUAAUCUCUCCAUCUUUUGAUAACAUCAAGUAUGACACAUUCGAGAUUGAGGAGUAUCCGCUGUCAGCCCACGGCUUCGACUGGGAGCUAUGGUGUCGUUACCUCAACCCACCCAAAACCUGGUGGCACAGGAGCAACAAGAGCGCACCAAUCCAGAGCCCGGCCCUGAUUGGCUGUUUUGUGGUAGAUAGGCUGUACUUUGAGGAGAUUGGGCUGCUGGACGAGGGAAUGGAGGUGUACGGGGGAGAAAAUGUGGAGCUGGGCAUCAGGGUGUGGCAGUGCGGUGGCAGUGUGGAGGUCUUGCCUUGUGCUCGGAUUGCCCACAUAGAGCGUGCCCACAAACCUUACACCGAGGACCUGACUGCUCACGUGAGGAGAAAUGCCCUCAGAGUUGCAGAAGUUUGGAUGGAUGAGUUUAGAAGCCACGUCUACAUGGCCUGGAAUAUUCCCAUGGAGGACUCGGGGAUUGAUAUUGGCGAUAUAAGCGAGAGGAAGGCUCUAAGGAAGAGGCUGCAGUGUAAAACCUUCCGAUGGUACCUGGUCAACAUCUACCCUGAGAUGAGGAUGUACAGCGACACCAUCGCGUAUGGAGUGUUGAAGAACUCUCUGAAGAUCGAUCUGUGUCUGGACCAGGGGCCCGACAAUGACAAUGUGCCCAUCCUGUACCUCUGUCACGGGAUGACACCUCAGAAUGUGUACUACACCAGUACUCAACACCUUCACAUCGGGCUCCUCAGUCCCACGGUCGAUGACGACGACAACAAGUGCCUGGUGGACGUGAACAGCAGACCGCGCCUCAUUGAAUGCAGCUAUGCUACAGCCAAACGCAUGAAGCUCCACUGGCUCUUCACUCAGGGAGGAUCCAUUCAGAACAGGAAAUCAAAGAGAUGCCUGGAGCUCGUAGUGAGCACUGACAAUGAGUUUGGCUACCAACUGGCUCUGCAGAAAUGCACUGGACAGAAAUGGUUCAUCACAAAUGUUCUGUUUAGCAGCUCUUUAUGAUCGACUGCUGAAAGGACUGCUGCAGUGAAAAGCACACGACUCUGCAUGUCUGAUUGGGUACUUUUGUGUGCACAUUCGUAAGCGCAAGAUGUGUUUGUGUGUGUGAAAAGAUAGAAACAGGAGUCCACAGAACAGUGGGCAUGGUUUAACAUCAUUUGUGGCUCCACAAUGUCUUCUGAUGAGCAGUCGACAUCACAUCGUAAAUGUUAAACAUUUUGAUUUUUCCCUACAGGAUCAGCCAUAGCUGGCGAAUAUUUUGCAGGUUGACAAAGUAGUAAAUUUAGUAUAUUUUGUGGUAAAUCCUGUACAAUCAGAUUUUGGUUGACUUAAGACGAUGUAAUGGGUCCAACAUUUUUUUGUACUUAUCAUAUUUGCUACUGUGUAGCAAGCUUUCUGAAUCUGUCCCUGCUGAAAUUAUUUGACUUUAAUGUCUCAGGUUUGUAGGUUUAUUAUGGGAUUCAGCUGUACAGUUGUGGGCAAAUGUUGGAUAAAUCAGAAAAGGAAUUAUUUUUAUGUGUAAAUAUUUGAAAUAUUUGUAAUAAGUUACAGUAAAAUAACUAUUGUAACUAAUGAGUGCGAGUGGGUUUUUUUUCUUCGGUCAUCAAACAAAGAGACGAAUUCGACAACCACCAUAACUGUGUUGGCAGCUCCUGCCUGCUGACUGUGACAGCAGCAGAGAUAGUUGGAUUAAAAACACAGCAGACUUUUCAAGCAACAUCUUAACUACAUAUUGUGGAAUUGGAAAUAAAGGAGGAGGAUAAUCUUAUUUUAAUUAAGACAAUGAUCCGAAGCAUACGUUGAAAGUUACACAGAAAUGGUUUAAAGACAAGGUGAUUGUUCUGGA